CAUGGGAGCAGAUCUGGGUUCUCAUGCAUCCUCUCAUUACGCGAUAGGUCUCUGCUCCAUGCCAAAUCUUCAAUCACUGGAUAUUGACCGUGUGAAGCUGAGUAAUGAGUUCUAUUCGACGUUGGCUUCAGAGGCAUCAAAAUCAAAGAUUGAGAAGCUUACGCACGGGAACACAGAUCUGGGUUCUCAUGCAUCCUCUCAUUACGCGAUAGGUCUCUGCUCCAUGCCAAAUCUUCAAUCACUGGAUAUUGACCGUGUGAAGCUGAGUAAUGAGUUCUAUUCGACGUUGGCUUCAGAGGCAUCAAAAUCAAAGAUUGAGAAGCUUACGCACGGGAACACAGAUCUGGGUUCUCAUGCAUCCUCUCAUUACGCGAUAGGUCUCUGCUCCAUGCCAAAUCUUCAAUCACUGGAUAUUGACCGUGUGAAGCUGAGUAAUGAGUUCUAUUCGACGUUGGCUUCAGAGGCAUCAAAAUCAAAGAUUGAGAAGCUAACGCACAGGCACGCAGAUUUGGAUUCUGCUGCAUCCUCUCAUUACGCGAGAGGUCUCUGCUCUUUGCCAAAUCUUCGAACACUGGAUAUGAACGGUGUGGAGCUGAGUGAUGAGUUCUACUCGACGAUGGCCUAUGAGGCAUCAAAAUCAAAGAUUGAAGAGCUAUCGCACCAGACCGCAGAUCUGGGUUCUGCUGCAUCCUCUAAUUACGCAAGAGGUCUCUGCUCCAUGCCAUAUCUUCGAUCACUGGGUCUGCACAGUGUGGAGCUGAGUGAUGAGUUCUACUCGACGAUGGCUUCUGAGGCAUCAAAAUCAAAGGUGUACCAAAUACGAUUUGAAUUGUAA